AUGUCCCACGAAGGAGAAGAAGAGCUUUUGGAUUACUCCGAUUCCGAAGAAAUCGCCGUUGCUCCAUCCGGAACAACCACUGCUGACAAGGAAGCUGGAGAAGAUGGAAAAGAAGCCAACAAAAAGGGUUCUUACGUUGGAGUUCACGCCACCGGAUUCCAGGACUUCUUGUUGAGACCAGAGUUAACCAGAGCUAUCAGAGACUGUGGUUUUGAGCAUCCUUCCGAAGUCCAACAGGUGUGUAUCCCUCAAUCCAUCCUGGGUAACGACGUUCUAUGUCAAGCCAAGUCUGGUUUGGGUAAGACUGCUGUUUUCGUAUUAUCGACUUUGCAGCAAUUGGACCCUUCUCCAGGCGAAGUAUCCGUUUUGGUUAUCUGUAACACAAGGGAACUGGCCUACCAAAUUAAGAAUGAAUAUGCUCGUUUCUCCAAGUAUAUGCCUGAGGUCAAAACUGAGGUCUUUUACGGAGGAACCCAGAUUGCCAAGGACGAAGAAAUUCUCAAAAACAAGGACACUUGCCCUCACAUUGUAGUAGCUACUCCUGGUAGAUUGAACGCCUUAGUUCGAGACAAGGUGAUGAACGUCAAGAACGUCAAAAACUUUGUUAUCGACGAGUGUGACAAGGUUCUAGAGAACCUGAGCAUGAGAAGAGAUGUUCAGUCUAUUUUCCGUGAGACUCCUUUCCAGAAGCAAGUUAUGAUGUUUUCUGCUACUCUUUCAACUGAGAUGAGAAAGAUCUGUAAAAAGUUCAUGCAGAACCCUCUAGAAAUCUAUGUUGACAACGAAGCCAAGUUAACUUUGCACGGUCUUCAACAGUACUAUAUCAAGCUGACCGAGGCUGAUAAGAAUAGAAAAUUGAGUGAGCUGUUGGAUUCUCUGGACUUCAACCAGGUCAUAAUCUUUGUUAAGAGUGUCAAGAGAGCAGAAUACUUGAACCGUUUGUUAAAUGAGAACAAUUUCCCUUCUAUCUCCAUCCAUUCUGGUUUGCCUCAACAGGAACGUAUUGAACGUUACAAGUCGUUCAAAGAGUUCAACAAGCGUAUUUGUGUUGCCACUGACGUCUUGGGUAGAGGUAUCGAUGUUGAGAGAAUUAAUCUGGCCAUCAAUUACGAUCUGCCAAACGAAUCUGCUCAGUAUCUGCACAGAGUUGGUAGAGCUGGUAGAUUCGGUACCAAGGGUCUUGCCAUUUCCUUCAUCUCUUCUGAUGAAGAUAACACCAUUUUGGAACAAAUUCAAGACAGAUUCGACGUCAAGAUUGCUGAAUUUCCAGCUGAGGGUGUUGAUGCUUCUACUUAUAUGUCUACUGCUUAG